CAAUAGGGCUUAUGUGAACAGUCGAGCGCAGUGUGGACACUUUGUUUGAUUGGGAAUAUGAAUGUGUUUAUUUAUUUUCAUACAUCUUGCAAAGUUUCAAACGUCACGCAGACAUUGUUUCUUUCUUCGUACAAAUGAGAGUGGUUUAACAUCUAUUCAUAGCCCUAGUCAUGGCGAAUGAGCCCAGUGAUCCCAUGCCGCUGGAAGAGCCCAUGUUUAUUCUGGGAAAUGGAGAGAUGUACAGGAACCAAACUGAAGUAAAGAUGAGCCAGAUAGUCCUCCCCUGCCAUGCAAACUACUGUGGAGAACUCAGUGCUGGGCAGCUGCUCAAGUGGAUGGACUCCACCGCCUGCCUGUCUGCUGAGAGACAUGCUGGCUGCUCCUGCAUCACAGCCUCAGUGGAUGACAUUCACUUUGAAACCACCAUAGGGGUUGGACAGGUUGUAAACAUUACUGCUAAAGUCAACAGAGCCUUCACAUCCAGCAUGGAGGUCGGGAUUUUGGUGAGCUGUGAAGAUCUCUUCAGCGACAGACAGUGGAAGGUCUGUCAUGCUUUCGCCACCUUUGUGGCCCGACGUACAGAAUCAGGAAAGGUACAGCUGAAGCAGCUGAUUCCACGCACGCAGGCAGAGCAGAUGGAGUACAGCCUCGCAGCCGAGCGCAGGAGGAUGAGACUGAUCCAUGCAGAGAUAAUUAACGAUCUUCUCAGCAGCUGCUCCUCUCAGACAGUGAGUGAGUGUCUAGAUUACCAGGAUGCGGUGCCUGCGGAGCGGACUCGGGUAGAAAGCGUCGAGCUGGUGCUCCCGCCCCAUGCCAAUCACCAGGUCAGCACGUUUGGUGGACAAAUCAUGGCCUGGAUGGAGAAUGUAGCCACCAUCUCUGCCAGUCGUUUGUGUAAUGCUCACCCAACUCUGCGGAGCAUAGACAUGUUCCACUUUCGUGGGCCGUCCCACAUUGGAGACAGACUGGUGUUGAAGGCAAUUGUAAACAAUGCUUUCAAGAAAAGUAUGGAGGUGGGAGUGUGUGCGGAGGCCUAUCAGGGUGGAGAGCCCCUGCGACACAUCAACACUGCCUUCAUGACCUUUGAGGUCUUGGACAAUGACAGGAAGCCAUGCACGUUGCCAAGGAUACGGCCUGAGCCUGUGGAUGGUAAAAGACGCUUUCAGGAAGCCAUAGCCAGAAAGAAAAUCCGUCUUGACAGGAAGUACAUAAUAUCCUGCAAACAAAGUGAGGUUCCUCUCUCGGUUCCCUGGGACCCAAGUAACCAGAUGUACCUCAGUUACAAUAAUGUUUCGGCACUGAAGAUGUUGGCUGCCCGGACUAACUGGGUCUUAACCUCAGAGAAACACAAGGUGAGUUUAUACACACUGGAGGAGAACCAGAUAUUGUGCUUUAAGGUGGAGACUCAUGUGGCUGUGGCGGCCGAGCAGGUGUUUCUGUUACUGUCUGAUCUCAGACGAAGGAAGGCAUGGGACCACCAUUACCAAGAGUGUGAAGUGAUAACUGACUCGCAUGAAGACGACACCAUCUACCAAGUUGUCACCCCCUCUGUGACUAAAGGAGGCAAAGUCCAGGACUUCAUCCUCCUGGCCUCCAGGAGGCGCCCUUGUGAUUCUGGAGACCCUUAUUUGAUUGCCUUGCGUUCUGUGACCUUGCCUGCGUACCCUCCCACUGAAGACUACAACAGAGGAGAGGUGCUGUGUGCUGGGUUCAGUAUCUGGGAAGAGGAAAACUCUUUCACUAAGAUUUCUUACUACAACCAGGCCACUCCUGGCGUGCUGCCCUAUAUCUCCACUGACAUCGCUGGGCUUUCCUCCAGUUUCUACUGCACCUUUGCCUCAUGUAGUGCUUUCCUGGAGGAGAAUAAAGACAGCCUGGCUUCCCUGCCCACCUCCACCCUGUGAGAAAGCUGAAUUCGACAAUCUAUGCUCUUCAAAAAUUGAUUUAGCUUUUUAAAAAAUUGGUUAUGUCAAGAUAUAUAAGGUUGACACAGACAUUCACAUUUAAGUUUAGUAUAAAAGAUCAUGAACUUUAGGUACGUAAAACUCUUAUUUUCCAUACACUCAGAAAAUAAAGGCACAGAACUGUCGCUGGAAUGGGACCCUAUGAUACAAAAGCUGAAAGGCACAUCUCUGUACCAUAUUUACCUCUAAAUGGUACAUAUUAGUACCUUAGGGUGCCGCCCCUGUGGCAGUUUUGUACCUUUUUGAAUUUAGAAAAAGGCAUUAGCAUUGUUUUCAGGGGAGUCUUUUUUGGUGUUGUUGAAACUCCAUAUAUAUAAUAUAGAAAUAUAUACAUGAUUAUUUUGUAAUGUAGCCUUGAUGAAUAAUAAUAUUAUUUAAAAAAGAUUAUAAUUCUCUCUUUUUUAGAUGUUUCACUUUUUAAACUAGAAUGUAGGGUCAUGUGCAAUAAUGUAAAACUCUCUACAGAUGCCACUUCCAGAAGACUAAACUAGUAUAUUGCACUGUUGUCAUUCUCAAUGACUCAAAGUACUAAAUAAAAUAAAAAUAAAACUAAUAAACUUCAAAUAGGUGGCAAGGUCGAUAUGUGGUACUUCCAGGGACAUGCACAAUCACGUUUGCAUAGAUUUUCAGUCUAGUUAGUGACGGAUGUUAGAGUCUAGAGGCCAGAACAAUGCCUUGAAUUUCAAACUGCUUUUUAAAUAAAUACUGUUACAUGUAGCAAUUUAGUGUAGCUCAUCUUUAUUCAAUGUCUAGCUAAACUUGCCUUGGCAUUUAAAGAUCAUUUAAAGAUCCUCUUGUUGAAGUGUUGAGAAAUGUAGCAAAAAAUAAUAUUGUUAUUUGAAUCUACUCUCCUACUAAAACAUGCCAUUCAGUUAAUAUUCCUUAAGUGCUUAUGUAAAGAGUGUAAAAUAAUGACCCAGAUAAUGUGGAAUUAUUUGUUAUGUUAUAGUUUCUCAAUACUUGUGCCUGACGGAUGGGGGUGGUUGUGUAUUAGGGGAGUAUUUUUGGAUUCCUGUUAUGUAAUACUUUGGAUUUUGAAAAGAGGAGCAGAUCUCAAUGUCUAUAAUAUAAUCUUUGCAGACAUCUUCUGGUAAGUAAUGUAAUAUAUUAUACUAUUCUAUCCUAUAGUGCAGUAAAUCUGCUUUUGAAGCUACUGUACACAAAGGGUUCUAACUAACCAAUAUGUAAAUGUCAUGUUAAACCGAGA